UGACAAAGGCAAAGCAAUGGAAGCUAUUUCAAGAGAACCUGGACAAGGAAAUAGAAUGGCAAGAAGAACUACACAACACCACCCAUAUGUCAGUAGAAAGACUCUGGAACAUCACCUGGAAUAAAAAAACUACUUCCAACUACACAACCUCAACCGAAAUAUCUGUUCAGUUUAUAACCUUGGGAAACUUGUACACCUAG